AAACUUAACAUAUCGGUUUUUUUCACCUCUGCAUCGCGAAAGGGUUGUUUCGAAUAUUGAGUUUGCAGCAGCCAUGGUGAAAUUGACGAUGAUGAGAUCCUUGUAUCGUUCGAUCUCACGGAGAUCUAUAGCUUUCACCGCCACCGCCGCCUUAAACAGCAGCCAUCAAUCUCUCCCCCGUGGAACCCACCAAUUUCUCCACUCUCCGUCAUGGACGCUUUCUAAAAGUCGUUUGCCUUUUGCAAUGGGAAUUGGAAGCACGCGUUGUUUCAGUGAUGGCUUGACGCACUUACCAGACAUAAAAGAUGGUGAUAUUAAACUUGCUUUUAAGGAGCUUAUGGCUGUAAACUGGGAUGAGUUACCCGAGACGGUGGUUAAUAAAACCAAACGGGCAUUGUCUAAAAACACUGAAGACAAGUCUAGCCAGGAGGCGUUAGCCAACCUUUUACGGGCCGCAGAGGCAGUUGAAGAGUUCAGUGGGUUUCUUGUGACUUUGAAAAUGGAAAUUGACGACAGUGUUGGAAUGAGCGGCGAGAAUGUUCAUCCGUUGUCUGAUGAAGUUGCUAAUGCGUUAAGUGUAGCGUUUGGACGCUACUAUGCGUAUUUGGACUCUUUUGGAGCAGAUGAAGGGUAUUUGAGGAAAAAGGUUGAGAAUGAGCUGGGAAUGAAACUGAUACAUCUGAAAAUGAGAUGCAGUGGUCUAGGUGGCGAUUGGGGAAAGGUGACUGUUCUUGGAACGUCUGGACUUUCUGGUUCAUAUAUUGAGCACCGGGCAUAAAUCUGAGGGAUUGAUACAUAAUGACAUGUUUGUUGUCUUCAGAAGCUAUGUUCAUACAGGUUAUGUUUCUAUUUGUUUUAACCAAUGUUGGAUAUUGGUCUCUGCAUUUCAACUGAAUAAUAACAGAAGAUACAUGUUGUUAGAAUCUAUCCAAGUACUAUAAUCUUCUAAUGCAACUUGAUCCAACAA